CCACGACUUCCAUGCGCUUAAUUUGGGGGAGAGGAGAGGAGACGAGACGAGAACGAAGAGCGACAUCUGGGCUUGGAAGCCGAUCUUUGAAGCUUUGAGUGAAACUCAAAUUACAAAAUUGUUAGGGCGAGGAAUCAAGACGAUGAGUCGUGGAGGUGGAGGUGGAGGUGGAGGUGGAUAUGACAACCAAAACACUAAUUUCUCGCCCGAAGCUCGAACUUCUCAACUGGGUGACAGGGGCGUUAAGGAAAUGUCUGAGGGAGACGAGGACCUGCCAAGGGAUGCAAGGAUUGUGAAAACACUUCUGAAAUCAAUGGGAGUCGAAGAUUAUGAACCACGAGUUAUUCACCAGUUUCUUGAGCUGUGGUAUCGGUACGUCGUUGACGUAUUGACAGAUGCGCAAGUAUACUCAGAGCAUGCUGGCAAGGCUGCUAUCGACUGCGAUGAUGUGAAGCUUGCUAUCCAGUCCAAAGUUAAUUUCAGCUUCUCUCAACCUCCUCCAAGAGAGGUUCUUCUAGAGUUGGCCAGAAACAGGAAUAAAAUUCCAUUGCCAAGGUCAAUUGGCGGGCCUGGUAUUGCGCUCCCACCCGAUAUAGAUACAUUGCUCAGUCCCAACUAUCAACUGGCAAUCCCGAAGAAGCGACCAGUCGAAGCCAUGGAGGAAACAGAGGAGGACGAAGGUGUUGACACAGUUCCGUCCCAAGAACUGAGCACAGAAGUACCUCAACAACAUACCCCACAGAGGGUAUCUUUCCCCUUGUCUAAACGUCCAAAAAUAACAUAGCUGUUUUUCCUUCUUGUCUCGCUUUCCUCUACUUCCCCAAUUAAAAGGGUCUUUGAAAUUUCAUAUAGAUUCACUCAAAGUUGGGGGAGGUAUUGUUGGAUGUUAACAAUCUAUUGUAUAAUAUUGUGUUUAAGAAUGAACUCCAAACAAGAAUGCUUCAAUUUUGAUUAUGAACUUUGUUGAAUUUCAGUUA